AUGGCGUGGUUAGGCUUGCUUGCGUUAUGCCUUACCUAUUUGCCCCUUGCUGCUGGUAAUGGCUUCAUCUCGCCAGCGUAUCAGGACACGGGGACUGGUCCAUAUGGAACGGUCGAGGUCUGGGAACUGGGAUCGAGCCAGCUGGUAGCUUUUCAGACAGAUUACGAUGCGUAUUCGAUCGAAUUGUGGCAACAAAACCUACAAAAAGCGAGUGCCAGAAAUGCCUCCUCGCGCGUCUAUAGCCAGAGCGUCGGCCAAGAUAAGGCGCAAAGCUUUCGCUGGACUGUGCAGACUUACGACAUUACUCUGUCCGACUCUCCAGUCUUCUUUCUCUGGCUCCGUGGUCCAUCGGACUCGGAUGCCAGUCAAACUUCUGCCUUCUUCAACAUUACCAUUCCACAGGAAUCGACGACCACGAGUACAACUUCAAGCAUCGCCACGACCGCUACGACCGCCACAUCAAGCACGAGUACUCAGGAGUCGAGCUCAACUGCUAGCACCACAACACCGACAACCACUGCAACUCCGGCGCCGAGCGAUACCAGUUCCAGUCUCUCGGGCGGGGCAGUCGCUGGCAUAGCAGUAGGUGCUUCUGUUGUUGGUCUUGCCGGAUUAGUGUGGGCUGGAAUCUUUUGUUGGACCAGACGCAGAAAACAGAACCCAGGCGUCACCCAAGUAGAACAAGUAGGAAACUGGCCACCAAACCAAUUGGACAACAAGCCACAGCAUCCUCCAAGCUAUUAUCAACAUCCGUCUCCUCCCCCUCCCGAAUCUAAUCAUGUAUACCGACCAGUACCUGUAGAGAUGGGACCACCGAGCGUACCGGCGGAGCUGGGCGAUAACUAUCGUUGA